AUGGAAUUGGCAAACAAGUUCGAACAUACAAGUGCAACGACAAGGGAGUUUACAUUUGAGUUCUUGGAACAAAUUACAGACAAUUUUUCUGAUGAGCACGUCAUUGGUCGUGGUGGGUAUGGAGUAGUUUACAAGGGGGUACUAGAAAAUGGGGAAGAGAUUGCUCUCAAAAAGCUCCAUUACAUGCCGGGGCUUGGUGACACGCAAUUUAGGAAUGAAUUUAAUAACCUUAUGAGGGCCCAACAUCCAAAUAUUACCCGGUUGGUUGGCUAUUGCUAUCAUCUAGGACAUCAACGCAUUAAGUACAAAGGUGAAUAUAUUUUUGCCCAUGUGGAAGAAAGAGUUCUCUGCUUCGAAUACUUGCAAGGUGGAAGCCUUGACAAGCAUAUUUCUGAUGAAUCAUGUGGACUCGAUUGGCAGACACGUUUCAAAAUUAUUAAGGGAGUUUGUCUGGGUUUGAAUUACCUUCAUAAUGGAUCCAAAGAUCCGAUUUACCAUCUUGACUUGAAACCUGCUAAUAUAUUGCUGGACAAGAACAUGGUCCCGAAAAUUGGAGAUUUUGGUUUGUCAAGACUCUUCCCUUCAGCACAAACCUAUAUCACUAUCAACAUUAUAGGAACACCUGGAUACAUGCCACCAGAAUACAUUGAUAGAAACGAAAUCACAUCAAAGUAUGAUGUAUUCAGCCUGGGUGUUAUAAUCAUACGGAUAAUGGCAGGAGAUGAGGGCUACUCCAAAUGCGCACAUAUGUCUUCGCAAGAAUUUCUUGAGCAUAUACAUGAAAACUGGAGAAAACAGUUUCAGGGAACAAUGUUGUCACAUACAUCAGAUCAAGUUAAGACAUGCAUCGAAAUAGCAUUAAGGUGUGUGCAGGUUGACCGUGAGAAAAGGCCUACCAUAGCCAAGAUUGUCGAUGAACUAAACAAGGUCUCCAAUUUCGGAAGCAAGCCUGCCCUAAACCAAAACACAGUGUCAGGUAAACAUCUUGAUUAA